AUGGCUGGCAUGGAGCUGACUAGCCACUAAGGCCGUUCGCCGCACCUUUGGUGGCCAGGCCCCCGUGCAUGCUUCCUCAGACUCCUGUGAGAAGAUGCUAGCAGCAUAAACAUGGACCCUGGAUGGAGCCAGCUAUCUUUUUCGGAGGCUUCUGAUAUAUAACAACUGCAAAUUGCAUGCAUACGCUACAAGGGGAAGAGUUGCUUUGAACCCAGAGUCUCAGAUAUGCCAAGCAAACACUGGUUUUUUAGGCUAUCAGACCAAGCGCUUUGCUUUCCUGGGAGAUUCUACUAGACAAAGGCUCCACUUCUCAUCAAUGCCCCCAGCUCCUCACUGGAGGAUUCUAGACAGGGCUUCUACUGCUGCACUACAUCCCCAGCUCUCUCUUAUUUUUGGACAGGGUCUCACUCAAUCUGCAGAGGCUGGUCUUGAACUCAUCCGUAGCCCAGGUUGACCUGGAACUUUCUAUCCUCUUCCCUCCCCAUCCAGAGCAACUGGGAUGAAAGGUCUCUGCCAUCAGGCCUUGGAAGCUGUGUUUAUUUUGUAUAACUGGCUGGCGGGAGGACAAUAGCAAUUGAGUGAGACACUAACUUCCAAGCCACCCCUCUGGGCUGCUUUUGUGUAGAUCAGGACCUCGUGGGAGGAAUUGAAUCUCCACGGGCCUCAAUUGUUCUGUGAAAUGGGAAUACCUUGAUUGCAUUCAUCCUUAUACCAAAGUGAAUAUUCCAUGAGAAGCCAUCUUCAAAGCUCUUAACUCCUAACAUUGGUAAUGAUCAGUCACCAGCCCCCCUUCUUGCCACCUGGCAAGCGUGGAGACCGGUCCGCAGCGGCUAGGCUCGUCCACCCUGCAAUCCCCAUGGGCUACCGCCCCCCGCCGCCUCGGCUGCCACCCAGGACAAGGCAGGGGUAAGCACAGGUCUCCAGCCAUUGUCUGGUUGUCCAACCUGGAAUUCAGCAUCUUUUCUCUCUCUCUUCUGAUCUACCUGUGUCUCAUUGGAAGGUAUUUCUGCCCACACCCCUGCCUCCCUGGCUUCACUUCUCUCUGUGUGUGCACCAUGUCUCGGAUAUAAUGAAGUACACGCUGUUCCCCAGCCUCUGUCCUGAACCUCUAUACUCCGAAUUCUGUGUCUAUCUUUCCCUGGCUACCCGACUUCACUUGGUCCUUUCCUCUUAUCUCUAUCUGUCCUCUUAGCUCCCCUUCUCUCAGCUCGGGGUUUCUGCCACACACCUGACUCUCCUUCCUCUGACCCUCCAGCAGUUUCCCACCCUAAGCCUCCCACCAAUGAUGUUGCAGCUGCCCAAAAUGCUCUUACCUGCCACAGCCUGGCUGCCUACUGUUGAUGGCUGCCUCCAACCUUCCUUUGGGUCUCAGAGUACCCAUCCUGACUUUCAGUCUGUGGCCCCUUGGGGGCACAUUCCUUUCGUCUGAGAGUACCUUGCCUUUUGGUGUGGCUCUGUUGAUCCGUUUGCUCCUUAACCACUCUCAUUAGAUGGUGACCCCAAGAAGUGACUAUAACAUCUGUCAUUUUCAUCCUCUAAUCCUGGUCCCCGAGCCACCACCUUCUGACCUUUGCCUCCCUACCAGACCUUCUCCCUCCUUCUCCCUGCACCUGUCCCUGUCUCUUUCUGCAGCUCUGCCCACCCCACUCUUAAGUAUAGGAUCACGUGGCCACUAUGUCUGGGGACUAUGAAGAUGACCUCUGUCGGCGGGCGCUCAUCCUGGUCUCAGACCUCUGUGCACGGGUCCGAGAUGCUGAUACCAAUGAUAGGUGUCAAGAGUUCAACGAACUGCGGAUCAGAGGAUAUCCCCGGGGUCCGGAUGCAGAUAUUUCCGUGAGCCUGCUGUCAGUCAUCGUGACAUUCUGUGGCAUCGUCCUCUUGGGUGUCUCCCUCUUCGUGUCCUGGAAGUUGUGCUGGGUGCCCUGGAGGGACAAAGGAGGCUCAGCAGUGGGUGGUGGCCCCCUGCGCAAAGACUUAGCCCCUGGGGUUGGGCUGGCAGGCCUGGUAGGAGGUGGUGGGCACCACCUAGGAGCCAGCCUCGGUGGUCAUCCCCUGCUGGGUGGCCCACACCAUCAUGGGCACACAGCCCACCAUCCACCAUUUGCGGAGCUGCUGGAACCAGGUGGUCUUGGGGGCUCUGAGCCGCCAGAACCUUCCUACCUGGACAUGGACUCAUAUCCAGAGGCUGCUGUGGCCUCUGUGGUAGCUGCUGGAGUCAAACCAAGCCAGACAUCCCCUGAGCUGCCUUCUGAGGGUGGAACAGGUUCUGGGCUGCUCCUGCUGCCUCCCAGUGGUGGGGGCUUACCCAGUGCCCAGUCUCAUCAGCAGGUCACAAGUCUAGCACCCACCACAAGGUACCCAGCCCUGCCUCGGCCCCUCACCCAGCAGACCCUGACCACCCAAGCAGACCCAAGCACUGAGGAGCGACCGCCUGCACUGCCCUUACCUCUGCCGGGUGGAGAGGAAAAAGCCAAGCUCAUCGGUCAGAUCAAACCAGAGCUGUACCAGGGCACUGGACCCGGUGGUCGGCGAGGCGGGGGCUCAGGGGAAGCAGGGGCACCCUGUGGCCGCAUCAGUUUUGCCCUCCGGUACCUCUAUGGUUCUGACCAGCUCGUGGUGCGGAUCCUACAGGCCCUGGAUCUCCCAGCAAAGGACUCCAAUGGGUUCUCAGACCCCUACGUCAAGAUCUACCUGUUGCCUGAUCGCAAAAAGAAGUUCCAGACCAAGGUGCACAGGAAGACGUUGAACCCCAUCUUCAACGAGACGUUUCAGUUCUCGGUGCCCCUGGCCGAGCUGGCACAGCGCAAGCUGCACUUCAGCGUCUAUGACUUCGACCGCUUCUCGCGGCAUGAUCUCAUUGGCCAGGUGGUUUUGGACAACCUGCUGGAGCUGGCUGAACAGCCCCCUGACCGCCCGCUCUGGAGGGACAUCCUGGAGGGUGGCUCGGAAAAGGCAGAUCUCGGAGAGCUCAACUUCUCUCUCUGCUACCUCCCCACGGCUGGGCGCCUCACCGUGACCAUCAUCAAAGCCUCUAACCUCAAAGCAAUGGACCUCACUGGUUUCUCAGACCCCUAUGUGAAGGCCUCUCUGAUCAGCGAGGGGCGGCGUCUGAAGAAACGGAAGACCUCCAUUAAGAAGAACACACUGAACCCCACGUACAACGAGGCCCUGGUGUUCGACGUGGCUCCCGAGAGCGUGGAGAACGUGGGUCUCAGCAUCGCAGUGGUAGACUAUGACUGCAUCGGCCACAAUGAAGUGAUCGGGGUGUGCCGCGUGGGUCCAGAGGCUGCCGACCCACACGGCAGAGAACACUGGGCAGAGAUGCUGGCUAACCCGCGCAAGCCUGUGGAACACUGGCACCAGCUAGUGGAGGAGAAGACUCUGAGCAGCUUCACAAAGGGUGGCAAAGGAUUGUCAGAGAAAGAGAAUUCAGAGUGAGGGUCUGGUCAAGGCCUGGGGUUGGACCAGGCACCCUCAGGACCCAUCCCUUCCUGCCCGGACUGUGAACUCAUCUCCUCGAAGCCAUAAUGUCCGAGCGGCUGGUGCGGGGCUGCCUGGACCUACCCCUCCUUCUCCUGGAGGUGUGAGGCUAGGAGGCAGCAGGCCCAGCUCCCUGUUUCAGGGUGGGAGGUCCUCGGCCUCCAUUGUCUCUCUUCUUAUCCCCAGAGUUCCCCCUAGAGGCAAGGGGCCAUGCAUGUCUGGGGACCCCUGCCCCCAGCCCUCUGUCUGUCUAUCUGUCUGUCUCUUUGCUGUUGUCCAAGUCUUGCUGUUCUGGCCUGUGUCCUCACUGUGAAUGUCGACAGACCAAUCCUUGAUGUCCCCUGAACAGACACACCCUCCAGUGUCCACCCCUUCUGUCCCUCCAUCUGCGUCUGGCCAAUCCCCCCUCUGCCGCUGCUAUCAUCACCAGAAAUAAACACACUCUGUGAGUCUCA